AAUAUUAAAAGAUUUAGAAUUAAAAGACCUAUAAAAUCAAGGGAUCCAAAUUAGAGAAGUUAUCGCCGGUCUAGCAGCACGGAGCACAAAAUAGGGCAAAAUCCGACGCACUAAUUGGUCUCCGCAGUGUUCUCCAUGGACGGCUAUCAAUACCCUUAUUAUCAAACUCCACCACCACCAGUCCCUCCGCCGCCGCCUGGCACCACACUUCACGCGCUGCCGCCGGUGGUGGUCCAACCACUUCCUAUUCCGCAAUACCAUCAGCCCCACCAUCCAUCCGCCCCUCCUCUUUAUCCUCAGGAUUCGCACGAAGAUGUUCGAACUCUCUUCAUUGCUGGGCUCCCUGAAGAUGUCAAGCCUCGAGAAAUUUACAACCUCUUUCGAGAAUUCGCAGGCUAUGAAUCUUCUCAUCUCCGUAGCCAAACUUCUAGUAAUUCUCAGAGAAUGAACAAUUGGAGAACUAAGGGUCUGAGGAGGGGAGGAGUAGCAGCUAGGGGUAAUCAGAAUCCACCCCAGGCUCCAGCUGAAGGAGUGGCCAUUCCAGUUAACCCCGCUGGGUUGAUUGAUGCUGAGGUGAGGGCAUCUCUAGCCCAAAUGGCACAGGCCAUCACGAUGCAGGCUCAUGCUAUGACUGCCCAAGUCAACCGGCAGAAUGCUCGGAGGGAGAUCCCACCGGUUUGCAGCAUGGCUGACAGACUGCGAGAUUUCACGAGGAUGAAUCCUCCUAUAUUCACAGGGGCUAAGACAUCAGAGGAUCCUCAAGAGUUUGUAGACGAGGUGCAUAAGAUCCUGGUGGCUAUGGGGGCUACUGAUAUUGAGAAGGUUGAGCUGGCUUCCUACCAGCUCAAGGAUGUUGCACAGACUUGGUGCAAGAUGUGGCAAGAUAGCCGUGUCUUAGGUAGAGUGCCAGUCACAUGGGAGCUGUUCAAGACAACAUUUCUGGAGAGAUUCUUCCCCAGAGAGAUGAGGGAGGCCAAGCUUGAGGAGUUCAUCAACCUUAAACAAGGCUCUAUGACGGUCAGGGAGUAUUCCCUGAAGUUUGUUAAGCUAUCAAGGUAUGUUACUUUUCCUAAUAUUUAAUAGCAAGAAUGGGGAGAAUACUGAA